AUGGCAGUAACCUAUAGACGUGUAAUAACAACAGUGAAUUGUUAUAGCAGUGUUGUGAUAGAUCGUCGACUUCAACAUGCUGUGCAUUACUGUACAGGGGCGUGUCAGGUAUUUAAGCAAGGAGUUGCAUGCAUAGUAGCCCACCACAGUGUUUGUGCAGAACUUAUUAAAGUCCCUGCACACAACCUUAGAGGUUCAGAUCUGACCCACAGACUUUCAAUGCCUGAAAAUUCCCUUUCUUUGGCUGGGGAUGAAGAUUAUCAUCAAAUCCUUCCUAGUAACCCAAGGCUCAAAAAGGGGUCUUCAGUUCAAAACACUGCAAGUCUGAAAGAUAUCACUGGAGAAGCCAUAAAUCUCGCUAGUGGGAAAAUAAAAGAAUUUUCAUUUGAAAAACUCAGAAAUUCUUCCAAUCAAGUAACCUAUAGAAAGGGAAGAAAAGUUAAGUCAGACCCAUUCAAUAGAAGGUCACUAGAUUUUGACUUGAUCUAUGGCCAUUUCAGCAACGAUGAAAAUUCCCCUCCUCCCUUUGGCCUGUCACAUAAUUCCUCAACAGAUGAGAAAUGGCAGGUCAGCAGCACCUCAGUAGAGGGAAAUGUGAAUUCUACAGUUUCCUUACCAAUGCAGACUCUCUAUGAGGAUAGCUUUCUUGCACAGAUUUUGGAAAAGCACAAGCUGGAUGGUUCUUCUAGUGGAGAUAUUAAGAUGUGCUUGGACAUCUUGCUCAAAUGCUCUGAGGACUUGAAGAAGUGUACUGAUAUAAUAAAGCAAUGCAUCAAGAAGAAAUCUUCAGGGAGUGCAAGUGGAGAAAGUGGUAAUGAUUCCUUAGCCAAUUCUGAAAUGAUAUAUAUGAAUUUGAUGUCAAGAUUUUCUUCUUAUAUUAAAAAACUGCCUUUUGAGUUUAGACAGUCUGGGCUAACUGAGCCUGGUGACAUGGUAGAACUAAUUAAUAGCCUAUCUGCUUUGCAGCCGUCUAAUUUUCCUCCAGUAUUUGGCAAUGAACAGCCACCUAGAUACGAAGAUGUUGUGUCCUCCCCAUCCUUUGUGCCAAGGCAAUCUCUCACUUCAAACUUACGAGGUAACCAGAACAGCACUGACACAAACUCCUCAGCAAAACUUACCCACACUCCAAUAGAGAUUUCUUCAAAAGUUUUGCCGGAAAACUUAGAAUCUACAAAUGAUGCUUGUGCGCUACCUCAGUUACUAUCUGUAAACCCGUCAGACUGCAUUUCUCCCACAGAAACUCUGUACAUUAUGGAAGAAUCAGAUAGAGAAAAGGCAUUGGGCAGUGUAUCAAGUGUUAAGAGGAGAGGAAGACGGGUUAAUUCAGACAGCAAUGAGCAGAAAACAGAAAGGGCAGACUCUGCUGGAAAUUCAACUAAAACAUCACCUACUUUAUUUCAACCUGUAAUGCUGCCCCAAACCUCCACCCAAGCAACCUCAGACACUCAAGGAUUUGAUUGUACUGUUCAGAUUUCUAAAGGUGAAUCCAGAAAAAAUAAUCAAGAGGAAAUAGACAAACUUCUCCUGGAUUUGGAACAUUUUUCACAGAAAAUGGAGGCUACUCUGAGAGAGACUACCACUAAGACUAAUCCUGCAUGUUUGAAGCAUAUUAGCCAACCUUUGACUCUGGAAAAUAAAGGCAAAGUCUGUUCACCUGUAGACAAAAGUCCUUCUCCCUCUUUAUCAAAACUCAUGGAAACCAAUGGUCAUAAAAUGGAAGAUGAAGACAAAACCCUUUUAUUGCGAAUUCUGGAGAGUAUUGAAGACUUUGCCCAGGAACUAGUAGAAUUCCGAAUGGGCAAAGGAAGCUUAUCAAAAGAGAAGGAAGUGAUGCACAUUCUUCAGGAAACUUUGGCUGCUCCCUCCAUCACAGCUGCUCAGCAAAGCUACAUAGGUACAUCUGCCAAAGAGCCUGUCCCAGCACUUAUUCAACAGAUGCCAGAGGUUAUAAAGGUAAGAAUGCAAAUCUUUAUUUCUGUAACAGUUACGGACCAUACACACGCAACAAAUUUCCCACAUAAAUAUCACUUCUGCAUAGAAAAGUACAUUAUACUCUAUAUAUGUUUAUAUACUCGUUAUGUAUGUAUGUGUAUACUUGUAUGUUUCACUCUGUGUACAUACAAUGUGGAAUUCUGCCACCUUUUCACACUUCCCAUUGUUUGUCCAUAUGGCAAAAUAGUCACACGUUUGCCAUGUGUGAAAGUGUGCAUGUAGGCUGUCUGUAGAUUAUAGGGUUUUUUUAGCUAGUUGGUGAUACUGUAAAGCAGGCUUCCUCAAACUCAGCCCUCCAGAUGUUUUUGGCCUCCAACUCCCAUGAUCCCUAGCUAGCAGAACCAGUGGUCAUGGAUGAUGGGAACUGUAGUUUCAAAACAUCUGGAGGGCUGAAUUUGAGGAAUCCUGCAGUAAAGCAACGAUUGCCUAUGGGGUACAUUUUCAUUUUUAUGUCCUUCCAUAGCCUUACUAAAUCCAGUUUCACAUGGUUUUAUAGUACUUCAAGCUGUACCCUGCAGAACAACUUCCAGAAGUGCGUGGCCACUACUGCUGCAACAGAUGUGUGUAAAGUCUGUUGUAAGUAUGGCAGGCUUCACUUGGAUAAUUCUCACUAUGGGCUUAUCCAGACUUGUUUUUGUGCUGUUUUUCUAUGCACAAGUCCACGUUUUAAAGCUCCAUGUCCAAGUGCUCCCCCACCCCCAGUGCUUUCUCUUUGAAAACCCACUCCUUACCACUGAACUGGAGGAAACAGCAACCUGCAAAAAACAUGAAUUGCUGUUUGUUCCAAUUCAGUGGUAAAGACAGGUUUUCCUGGGGAAAGAAAAAGCACUCUGACACUGACCAGGAAAGCACUGAUCUGUGCCUAGAAAGUGCAGGGCAAAAGGUAAGUGGAUGAUCCUAAUGUUCUCUCUCUCAGCAUCCAGAACACAUUCUGGAAUUGUCUCAAAAGUUAAAUUAUUUUCAGUACUGUACAUGGAAGUCGCUUACUAACUUCUGGUCUAGUUUCAUAUCUCCUUUAAAUUGUAUAAGAGAGGCUGGAACUGGAAAAAUUGAGUGAACAUGUUCCCCUCUCCCUGGAAAUGCUUUUCCCAUUUCUUUUCCACUGUUAUGACUAUAUAGUAUAGUAGGAUCACUACUUUAAAAUAAUUGAGUUGAGCUGAGUUGUUUACUUUAGCUAAAAUGUGAGUAAGAGGUGGCAUGAUAGAAGUUUAUAAAAUUAUGCAUGGCAUAGAGAAAGUGGAUAGGGAAAGGCUUUUCUGCCUUUCUCAUAACACUAGAACUCAAUGACAUCUAAUGAAGCUGAAUGUAGGAAGAGUCUGGAUGGAUAAAAGAAAGUACUCAUUUGGGCAGUGCAUAGUUAAAUUAUGGAUCCUGCUCCCUCAGUAGGUAGUGAUGACCACCAACGUGGAUGACUUUAAAAUAGAAUUAGAUUAGACAAAUUCAUGGAGGAGAGGACUAUCAAUUGCUACUAGCCAUGAUAACUAUGUUCUGCCAGCACAGAUGGAGAGAACAAUGCUUCUGAACACCAGUUGCUGGAAACCACAAGAGGGGAGAGUGCUCUUGUGCUCAAAUCCUGCUCGCUGGUUUCCCACAGGCAUCUGGUCGGCCACUGUAAGAACAGGAUGCUGGACGAGAUGGGCCAUUUCCUUAAUUCAGCAGGCUGUUCUUAUGGAUUGUGUGAUUUCAAAUUUAUGUGCUUGGCAGCCAGCUAGUUGAAAUCUCAGCAAUUAAAUGCCCAGAAGACAAAGAGUUUUAAAGUUAUUUUGGCAUAGAAGUAGCUUUUAAACUUUCUGCUUUGCUUACCGGAUUCUGGGAAAUGCUUGUGCGGGCUCUGGUGGUGUUAGUGAGGUCUUGUGGGGCCGUCCAAGAUCUCACGAAAGCCUCCAGAGCCCACAUGAAAAUUUCCAAGAUCCCAGCAAGCAAGGCAGAGAGCUUAAAAGCUCUUGAUUACCAGGCUCUGGGAAACUCUCUUGCGGUUUCACAAGAUCUUGGAUGGCCCCAAAAUAUCUUGUGCUGGGUCAGGAAGGUAAGGUUGCUGGUGCAGGGACAGUUCCAGGGGGUUGUUUUGACUAUACAUGAUUGUGACUUUGCACACUGCCCCCCUGGAAUGUAACCCCUGCACAAGAGCAAGACACAGUCUUACUGUAUAAUACUCAAGCUAGUGAUUCUGGAUUUGGACUAGUGUCUCAUAGCGCAAUGGAGAAUAUUGCUUCCAUAGUCCAAAGUAAUAUUUGGGAAGGGCCAUAGCAAGUGUUGGGCUUCAGCUUUGCCUACAGAAGGGUUCGGAUUCAAUCUCUGGUGUCUCAAAGUAGAGUUGGAAGAAACUCCUGCUUGAUAUCCUGGAGAACCACUGCUGGUCAAUAUAGAUAACACUUAGCUGAAUAGACCAGUGAUCUGACUCAAUAUAAGGCAGUUUCCUGUGUUCCAAUGAUAGACAUACUUGCUCGUAUACAGCCACAGUUUCCUGUAUGGAAAUGUUAUCAGACUGUGGAAAUUGAUAAUGUGUGAUGCUCCUAUUUCAAAACACAGGGAUGUUUUCAAAACACAAAAUGCAAUUGCUAUGUGUGAUGAUUGAAAAAAGAAAGUCAUUGAAGCCAAUUUUUAUUUUUUAAAAUAGCUGGGUAAUAUAAUUUUAUAAUUCUAGCAAAAAUGUUAACAAGGAAUGCCAUUUGAAAUGAAGGGUGGUAUACAAAUACUUUUAAUGAAUAAGAAAGGAAACAGAAUCACAUUGACAAAUACAUUUAGGAUUCCUGGUAUAAACAAAAUAUUUACUUUAUCAGUCUUGAACAAAGCUAAAUAAAUUUCUUGAAUACCAUAGUCUCAACUGCUGAUAUAUCCAUUCCUGAUCCAACUGAGACCCCACGUAGCUUUAUGAACCUGCUGGCCCUCAUAUCACUUCUUGGAACAUGCGAUUGGGUGACCUCGCUUUAUUAUCCCUUCUGAAACAGUAAAAUAAUAAACAUGUGAAACUUAGUUUUUCAUGUCCCAAAUCAGAGUGCCACUAUGAAAAAAUAGGCAUUUCUUGAGUUCCAGAGCAAACUGUAAUUGCAGACAGUAAAUACCUUGUAAGUUCUGAAAUAAAAGUUUUAUAUAUAUGGUAGUGGCAAUGGUUGUUAAUCUAUUUCUUUUUUUAAUAGCAUUAAUUCUCAGGUUUUGGGAAGAGUACACUUAAUUAGACUUUCCAAAUUGCUUUACCUUCUUGAGGAUUUUCGAAAUGUCAUAUAGAGAGGGGCUUAGUUUCUAGUACUGUGUGUUACUAUUUAAGAGAUUUUUUAAAUAUUGAACAGUGUAUAAAUGCUUUAAAAUAAUUAAAUUUAGCAUAAGGAUAAGCCUUUGAUUGAAAAGUGGUGUCCAGCAAAAAUAAGUGAAAGAAUGAAGCAUUAAAGGAAAUAUUUAAAUAAUUGAUUUCUUAUGCUUGAAUUGAUUAUCCUGAUACUUCUAAAAAAAACACCAUCUGCAGCACAAUCCUAAGCACAUUUAUUACAGAGUAAGUGUCAAAGAACUCACUAAAACUAAUUUCUGAGUAAACAUGUAUAGGAAUGCAUUGUUAGUGCUUUUGAAUGUGGAAGAAAAAUGCUUGAUAACCAGCCACGUAUUAUUAUUUUUUUUGUGCAGUCCCUUUGGAUUGUAGGAAACAGCUAAUUUUUCCUUAGUAAGAGAGAAAGGUGAACAAUUAAAGAGUCCUGAGUAUUUUAUUUCAUAGUUCAAAUUGGAAAAAUGUGUGAUUGUGCGAUGGGCACCUCAUAACACAAUUUUUCACACAGGACUAAGCUGCAGCAUGUUUUUGCUUUCAGCUUAGGCUGAUGGCUGUACAUUCGCACCUCAAAUUUCACCUCUGAAGCUCAUAAAAUAAGAACUAUCUGGGAAGGUGAUAUAUUUAGCUACUUCUGCAGUAUGUCUAACUUUAGCACCACUGGUAGUAGUGGUGGGUGCUUCCCUUCCCACAAUACCUCUGCUGUAUCACAAGCCAAGGACAGAUUCUCUGACUGUCAUGUAGCCAGCAGGGACAUAGAUUCUGGUGUAGAUCAUGUCUCUUGAUAAAGAAUUGCAAAGAGACACCCAGAAGUACUCAUACUCGGGGAUUAUUUGACUGUCGGGGCGGGGGGAGGUUCUUUGGCCUUGCGUCUAGGUACAGUGACUGAACAAUCCUUGCUGUAAGUAAAAAGAAGGCAAGGUAUGUUUCACUUAGAAUUUGUUGGCCAUAAAAAAACCAAACUCCAAAUCGAGAAAAUAGCUCAUUGUGGCUGAAGUGAUCUCCUGGAAGGACUUGAUACCUCUGCUGGGAAGACAAAAGUUUGCUCAGGAACUAAGCCAGGAUGAUGAUCAAAGAAACAUCUCUGCGAAGGGACCCAGAUUUACGAGGAGAGUUAGCUUUCCUUGCAAAAGGCUGUGAUUUUGUUCUUCCAUCCCGCUUCAAGAAGAGGUUGAAGUCAUUCCAGCAGGCCCAGGUUUGAACGUGCUUUUCUUUUUAUACUUCUUUGUAUCUUUUUAUUGGAUAUGGGGACAGAACUGUGUCUCUCUCAGGCUUUUCUAUUUUCAGAAGGUUAUUUGCACCAGAUACCCAUAGGUUUAAAAAUAGGCCUUCCAGGCUUAGCACACAAAUGUCCUAUUGGUAAACAAGAGGAAAGAGUCGAAAACUAUUUUUCUCUUGAAGAUAAUAAUAUUAACACUAAAAAAGAUUAUUAGUUGAAAAUAAUUAAAACUUGUCUGCCACUUGCUGAAGAAAGAAUUGCUCCAGUGUGUUUCUGUUUGUUAUAUGCUACAUACUUUCCUUCAUGACCCUAAAUGUCAGCUGCGUUGGAAAAGCUUUGUUCUACUCCACUGCUGAAAAUAUGUUUUAAGGAUUAAAACCCAAUGACUGUGGGAAAGGUCAUGUAUGAUUGGACUUCAGUAUUCUGUGUGUUAUCUCUAGCUGCUAAAGUGCCUUCUGAUAGUAAAAAGCAGGAAAGGGGUCUUAGGUUUUUACUGAGAGCUUAGCUUCACAUUAUAAUAAUAAUUUAUAAUAAUUUAUUAUUAAUACCCCGCCCAUCUGGCUGAGUUUCCCCAGCCACUCUGGGGGAAUGUAAAUAUAAGUCUUAGGAUGCAGACAGGCAGUUUUUGAUUCAGUCUGGCACUGAGACACCUGCAAGGAGAUGGAUAUGCAGCAAGCUUUGCAUCCCCUAUUAUUAUUUGUGCAUCACUUCUUGGUGCUCUCAUAAAACAUUGGCACAAGUGAUGUGAACCAAAUCAUCUUAUUGGCAAAUUUGUUCCUCUUCCACUGUUCCUCCUUCACAAUUAGAGCCUCUUUGGGAAAUUUUGUAAUUCUAUACACUCACGUAGCCAUCUUACUAAUUUCAUUUGCAUAUAGAAACCAAAACUUAGCUACCCAGUGAUCUUGGAACUGAGCAGCUUUUGUAUCCUAACUUAACAGUUUCCCAGACAGGAUCCAGUUACAAAAGAAAUCCUGGAAUAAGCUCCUAAAAGAGGGGGAAUCCCUCAAAACAGCUAUCAAGGAGAGGCACUUUUCACUGCCCAUCACCAGGCAUCCAUCUCACAACAGAGGUGGCAGAAAACAUAAGGGGAGAUGGGCAGCACACUGCUUGACUGGUGAGCAGAAGCCAGCCUGGCUGAGGGGCACUCCAGACACCAGUGCCUUGUAGCAGAAAAAUGGGGUAUAAAUCUUCUAAAUAAGUACAAAUGUUCUCCUAUCAGAUUAUUAUUGGAGCCCAGUGAUUUCUUUAAGCUACAGGAAAGCUGUUCACUUCCUCAAAGAGCUUUGAAUGGAUGCUCUUUUAGGAACUUAGGAAAGUGCAAUACCUGAAUGUGUAGUACUAACAAAAAAUUAUGCAUAGAUCAGAAGUAUACAGAGAAACUUCAUUAGGGCAGCUCCGCUAAUCAAAAUAUCCUAUGUGUUUCUCCUGUAUGUUUAUAUAUAGCUAUUGUUUCCAAUUAGCCAAGGUUUCAGGGGUUGUAUGCCCCUGAGGGUCUUUUGGAUUAAUUAGGUGGUGGCACAUAUGCACAGCUUACUUUAGAUACUUGCUCAUUAAUUUCUGUUUAUCUAAAGGGAUACACGCACACACAUACACACGAACAUUCUAUUGUACCAAAAAUAAUUUUUAUGUGUUAUCUUUCUAGGUCCAAAAUAAGCAGGAGAAGAAACCUGUGACUACGUCCCCAGUGCCUGCAAUUUCAGCAGUCAGCUCACAGGCACUUCUGCCUGCGAAUAAAGUAACUGUUGGUACGCCCUUGUCCAUAAACAUUCCACGUUUCUACUUCCCCAACGGACUUCCUAAUGUCUGCAGUAGUCAUGAGGAGACCAUUGCCAAGGUUGAGGCAACCUUUUCUGAGUUUGAAGAUGAGAGAGUACCACUUAAUGAAAUGGGGAAAAUUGCAAAGGUAAAUAUCAUUAUUGCCAGGCUUUUAGGACUUAUGGAAGGUAAAGGCUCAGUACAAUAUCAGCAAAUGGUUUUCAAAGAAAAAGCGUACUCUCAGAUGAAGAGGCUUUUAGCUGAAGGGAUGAGAUGAAGUAGUAAACAAAAGCAAAACUUUUCCAAAAGGAAUGUUUCAGUCUAUUUCCAGUCUCUGUCAAUUUCACAUGUAUUUAUUCAUAACUCCAUUCUACCCUACUUCCACAUUAAUCUACUGCCUGUAAAACUGUAAAUAAAUUUAUAUUUAAAUCACAAACUAUGGUUUAAAUAUGUAUUUUACCUUAGUGUACUCACUUCUAAAUGUAUUUUAUCUAAAAAUACACAUUUUAAUGUAGUUUGAUAAUAUUUUUGAGUCAAGAGCAGUAUCAUAAAACUCAAGAGAAGUGCAAACUCCAAAGGAUAGUUAUGUUUCAACCUGUACAUUAUUCCAGGAGGUGUCGGGUUAAUUCAUCUAAGAAUGUGGGCUGAACAAAAGUCUCCUCCAUCCAUUUGUCUAAGGGUGAGAGAAUAUAUCCGGGCCAGCUUGAUGCUGUUCAUACUGCACAUGGUCUCAUUCUGCUUUUAAGUGGCUCAUAUGAAAUCAGUCAUACUUACUUUGGCGUAAAAAGAAAAUGGAUUCAGAUAUUAAUGUAUUAGGUCCAAUUAAAAAAUUCUGGUUUAGUUGGAUUUUUUUUUAAGCCAAAAGUUACAUUUUCUUCAUCUUAUUUUCUGUUAAAAUGUCAUCAUAAAGAAGAAAAAAUGCCCCUGCCCGAAUACUAGCUGGCUGCAUUCUGUCUUAUUGUGUUGUUCACAGAUAUGCUGCUGCCCUCUGUACUGGAAAGCUCCCAUGUUCAAUGCGUCAGGGGGAGAGCGGACAGGAUUUGUAUCUGUACAUUCAUUUGUGGCCAUGUGGAGAAAGUGAGUAAACUGUGCAAAAAUAUUCUUCUGGAAAAACCAGCACAGUAUGCCUUUCUUUUGCAUGUUUAUUUAUUCUUUUCUGUGUUUCCACUGUGCCCUUUAAUACAGCUCUCCUUUUUAAAAAAUACUGUCUCCUGUUUCUUCCUGUCUGUAUUUAUUGACAAAUGCUAGUCCUGUUUGUUGGGUAAAUCUUGUAGUCAUACAAGUUUUGCGUAUGUAUUCAUAGUUUUCUAUGCCAGAAAGGCCCAUUGUGGCAGGAGUGGGCAAACUUUCGGCUUAUGGGGUCUGCUUUGUUUUUCAUCCUGUGGUCCACCAACCAGAGCCAGGUGCAAAAUAAUGGCCCAGGAAUGAUGUAGAAUUGAGGAACAAGGUGCUUCUGAGCACAUGCUCAUGCCAGAAUUUUGUUUUUAGUAUAAGAACUGGAGCUCCCACAAAGAUCCUUUCACAAAGAUCUUCCCUGUUGUCCCCCAGCUUUCUUCAUCUUGGCAGCCUAACUUAUGCAGGAGGACACAUUUAUAUAUCUCUAUUGUAAAAAAUUGGACGCUGCAAACCUAUGUUGAUCUACCACCCAUAGAUCUACCAGUAAAUCCCAGAAGGUGAUAUCCAAUCAUGGCAUCCUAUAUGCCCAGUGGACUUCCACUCCUGCAAAUGGGACUUCCUCUCCUUCCAGAAAAUUGGCAGAACCUUCAAAGCAGAUGGGGUGGGAUAGGAAGGGGAAGUCUGGUCAUAUCUGCUGGUGCCUUGUCGAAUUUCACCAACUGGUCAUAAAUUUUCUCCCAGCCAUUCCUACGCCUGCCUUGGAAUUUCUGGUUUAGUUAUAACAUCUGUCAGAAACACAUCCAAUCUUGAGUGAAUACUUCAAGUGAGGGAGCUCUGGUUAGCAGUGCAGUGCUUAACCAUUUUCAAUAUUUUAAAAAUUGAAUUGGACCCAGAGUUAAGCAUACACAACAGCGGGUGGAAGCUGACUAUGCCACCCGCUGCUCCCUAUGUCAGCUCCUCUUGCCCCCAGAAAAUGUUCCACCAAGGAUCCUGGGGCCCUUCUAAAUGGCAGAGGGGGCAGAGCUGAGGAGGAGACGAAAUGUCUGAGGCAACUUUUGCAAGCAGAGACUGUGCUUCACUCUGGAUCCAUAGAGAGUCAUUGAAAUUAACAAGGGCCUUACUGUUAACCUCAAUAGAAUACAGGCUAUUCUUGUUAUUGAAUGUCUGUCUGAAGUUGUAUUACUUUUACUUAACAGUCAAGAGAAUAAAUUGAAUGCUACAGCAUUCUAAUGGAUCUGUGUAGUACUUAUUGAAGACAUUAUCACAAAAUGUGCUGUACAUUAUUUACGCUUAUAUACCAAAGAGUAUAUAUAAAGUACUGUGAAAAAUGAUCAAAAGAGUACAUGUACGGUAUAUUUUGGUCCCAAUUUAAUGAAUUAGGAAACAAAUCCACCUGGCAUAGAAGCCAAAACAUUCAUGUGUACAACUGUUCUUACAUUACUUUAUGCGUGCUUUCUGGUGCAUGAGGAUGAAUCUGUGUACAUUCCACAAUCAGCCUUCAAGGCUGACCUAGAAGUGGCACUAAGUAUAUCACUGGAAAUUGCACCUCUCUCGUUUUACUCUAGUUGCCAUUGUGAAGCAACUCCCAAAUAACUGCAGGUGGCUAUUUUUGUUGGACUACAGCAGAAGGAAGUGUUAACCUUUCUUUUCUUGUGCAGUGCAAUCAUGAUCCCAGUUGGGACCCUUGUCAUGGCUAUUUAGAGUAUAAAAAGAGAAAGUGAGAGUCAACUUCCAGAGACGUCUUUAGCAUUAUGUCUACUUUGAUCCUUAAUGUUAAUACUAUUAUUAUUCACCGUAUUAUUUUUGCUUCAUCAAUGUACAUGAUGCUUUAUAUGGAAUUUCAUAAGCAUAAAAUAGUCAGAUCCCCAGCCCCAAGAGGUUUACAGUAUAAAACAGAUGAUGUGAAAGACAAAUAGAGGUUACAAAGGGUGAGAUAAGUGUACAAAUAGGUGAAUGUGAACAAAUGCAGUUGUAGCUGGGAAUGAGAAAGCCGUGUGAUUUUGAUUCUUUGGGAAUCCAAAUCGAUAGGAGUACUUUUACAGUCUUAUUUCUCCUUUGUAGGAUACUACACAACUGCCAUGAUGAUGCAUCAAAAUUCAUUUGCCUUUUAGCAAAACCCAGCAGCAACUAUUUGGAACAAGAAGAUUUCAUCCCUUUACUGCAGGUUUGUGUGACUUGCUAAUAAGUGUCAUUUUAUGAAUUAGAGGAAAAAACCCUUUAGAUAAGCACCCAAAUUUUUUUGAAGAAGUCAUCCCUUUCCUCCUCAAUAUACUCUACCCAGAGAGCCACAGCUUAAUUCACUCACUGUGAUCUGAAGUUAAGCAACAUGCAAACGAAAGCCAGUCUGAGUCUGCAUAGCAGGAUGCCCUGCUGAGAGAGGCACUGACAGGAUCUUCAGUGUUUGUAGGGGCACAACUAAGACAGUGAGGAGGAGGUUCCAUGUGAACACACACAGGGAGUACUGCUUAUGUGGCCUUUUGUGAAUGUGGACUGAAAAUACAUUGUUGCCUGCUUACUGACUUUUAUGUUUUAUUUUUCUGUCUUUUAAAGUAACUCAAAAUGGUAGCCUAGCAGGUGUGCAUUACCUAUGAAUCUUAAAGGUUUCAUUAAAGACGGUAGCUUUUAUAAUGCUGCUAUGAGCAGUUGCCUGCACAAGUUCUCCUUGUGGGCUUCCAAUGGCAUCUAGUUGGACACUGUGAGAACUGAAUGCUGGACAAGAUGGACCUUUGGUCUGAUCCAGCAUAUGUUCUUAUACUCUAACUGCUGACAGUGUUGUAUCAUUUCUCCUUAACUUUUCUGUGUUACAUAAUUUUGAUAUCUUUCAGGAUGUAGUUGAAACUCAUCCUGGGCUGACAUUUCUGAAGGAUGCCCCAGAAUUCCAUUCCCGCUACAUUACUACGGUAGGUUAAAUUCAUGUACAAGAUGUCAGCAUUUGUCUAAGAAAAGGUUCGUGAUUCAUUCUGAGCUGUACUCAGUGUUACAAGGAAAGUAAUUCACAUUGUCAAAUGGCAUAAUAAUGUUUACCCCUAGCAUCUUGUUCCCUUCCCUACAGUCUUUGUUAAGUUGUCCAAAGUGAUAGGCUAGUAAUACCCUAUACAGUGGUACCUCGGGUUACAGACGCUUCAGGUUACAGACUCCGCUAACCCAGAAAUAGAACCUCAGGUUAAGAACUUUGCUUCAGGAUAAGAACAGAAAUCACGUGGCGGCAGCGGGAGGCCCCAUUAGCUAAAGUGGUACCUCAGGUUAAGAACAGUUUCAGGUUAAGAACGGACCUCCAGAACGAAUUAAGUUCUUAACCCGAGGUACCACUGUAGUAUGCAGGGCUGUCUUUGAAAACUGCUUGGAAAUAGCAGUCAGUCCAAAACACAGUGACUAAGUUACUGACCAGAUCUUCUGGAACUUAUAUUGCUACACUGACUUCUGGACUGUUUCUGACCACAAUUCAAAGUGUUGGUGCUUGCCUUUAAAGCCCAACAUGGCUUUGGAUUUGAAUAUCUGAAAGACUGUCUAUACCCAUAUCAGCCUGCUCUUGCCCUGAGAUUACCUUUGGGUAUUUUAGAUCCCUCUAUGACUAUAUACGUACAUAUUUUUGUUGUUUACAUGUAGUCUGUUUUGUUGAUUUUAAAUAUUGGUCACUGACUGCUGUCAGAAACAGGAUGCAAGACUUAUGGGACUUUGAGGGGUUUUUGGUUGUUUUUUUUUAAUCACUCAGAAUAAGUCCAGUUUUGAGAAUUGUAUUUAAUCUUUUUCCAGGUUAUUCAAAGAAUAUUCUAUACAGUCAAUAGAUCCUGGUCUGGGAAAAUAUCCCUAACAGAGUUGAGGAAAAGCAACUUUCUGCAGGUAUGCUAUUUUUCUUUUUUAUUCCUAUGAGCAACAAGUAUUUCUAAAAUACUUUCCGUGAUAUCCAUUGUUACACAGAGUAGACCAAUUGAAACAAUUGGACUUAAGUAAAUAAUAUUAGUUGUUCCCAUAGCUUGUUCAGUGUUUUCAGUUUUAUAGCUGGAUUUAGCAAAAGUUAAUAAAAGAGGAUCUGGACAGAUUUGUAUAUUUCUAGUGUUGAAGGAUGAUAGAUAUGACACAGUAAGGACUAUAGUAGCCACAUGAGCACAUGGUGACAAAACUCUAUCAAGUAUUAAUUUUGCUUGUUUGUGGAUUUUUAAAAUAAUCACAAAGUAAAAGUUUAAUGUUUCAUACAGUUCUUUUGCUGUUUAAGGUAUUUAUUGAAUAAUAACAAAGACUGACAAGAUAUCAUUCUAGUCACAGUUCUUGGUCUGCGCCUUCUGCCUAUGGAAAUUAGAAUGAAUUUAUUCUCAUUUUUUCAGACCCUAGCUCUCUUGGAGGAAGAGGAAGACAUAAAUCAAAUCACUGAUUAUUUUUCCUAUGAGCACUUCUAUGUUAUUUACUGUAAAUUCUGGGAACUGGACACUGACCAUGAUCUCUACAUCAACCAGAAAGAUCUGGCUAGAUACAAUGAUCAAGGUAAGCAGAGCAAGAGAGGCACUGGAGGUGGUUGUUACUAAUAUAAAAUAAUGGGCACCCCAGAUUACCAAACUUGAUCUCUCUUUCUUCAUGUUCUUACAAAAAAAACCCUUGCAUAUCUCUUGCUGUGCUUCAGUCAUGUCAUUAUUAUGCAAAAUAGGCAUGCAAUAAAGUAGUCCAUGCUCUUGGGAAAAUUGGAUUGGAUAUAGCUUUUCCCUGUUCAGUUGACAAGGCUGUGUCUAUUAUGCCAUAAGCUUGUAGGGAAAGAGAUGUAAAAAGUUAAAACUAUGAACAGGCACCAUAUCCUUUACCAUCUCAAACUUUGCUGUAGCGCUAUGGGUUAAUUUUGGCCCGAAUCUGCUGUGGAUUGAAGCAUUAAAAUGUUACAAAUUGCCUUUCAUAUAGAUGCUCAUCAGUCCAACACACCAGGCAGGGCACACUCUUGAUGUGAUCUUUGCCCCCAAGUGAUAUGAGGAUGGACUAAAGAUAGAGGGGCUGAUGGUGGCAGUUCUUUCCUGUAAGGGUGAUGGGCCUGUUUGGGUGGUCUGCCCUCAGAAACUGAUGGAACCUGAUGUGUUCCUGAAUGCUUUUUUUUUCGGGGGGGGAGUCCAGUGGAGAAAGCUGAUAAUCUUGUCAAGGAUAUUUUGUGAGAUCAGGUUCACCUUAUGCAAUCAACUGAUGCAUACAAGAUACUUGCGGCAAUGCAUCUGGCCACAUGCCCCCUCGAUUCUUGCCCCUCCUGACUUCUCAAAUCUAGUAGAGUGGGGCUGACUGGUUGGGUCCAGAGCGUAGUUAGCGCUUUGCAAUGUGAUGGUGUGGUCCCUGCUGCGUUGAAAGAGGCAGUGGUGCAACCGCUGCUAAAGAAACCAGCUCUGGACCCUUCGGAUUGGAACAGCUAUCAACUAGUUGCCAAUAUCCUUUCUGGGAGAGGGUGAUGGAUAGAGCCAUGGUGGAGCAACUGCAAGCAUUCUUGGAGGACCCAGGUUAUUUAAAUCCAUUCCAAUCUGGAUUCAGGCCUGGUCAUGGAAUAACCUCUUACCCGUAUCUGGGAGUGGGUGGCGGUUGAUGUGGCCCAUUGUAUCUAGCCAUCAGGAAGCAACAGAAUGACUAGAUCAAAAGUAUUCAGAAUCAAAACUAUUUUAAGGCAUUUAUUUGAUACAUAGUAAAAACAUGGCCACUGAGGAAAAUCAUUUUUCUGUUGUGUUUUGCACAUGAUUGAAAGCCACUCACUUCUCAUAUGAUUAUUCUUCUGCACAGAUAUCACUUGUGUAUAGGGAAAAGCAACAAUUGUUAGAAUGAUUGCAAACACAUUCAAGAACUGAAACUGUUCCUAAUCCUUAUUUCUUCAUCUACAGCUCUGUCAAACAGGAUUAUAGAGAGAAUAUUCAGUGGAGCUGUGCUUAGGUAAGAAAGUGAGGAACAAUUAAGAUCGAAGGAAGAAAAUUAAUUUUUGAAAUAACAGUUAGAAUGUGAUUCAGGAAGUUCAAUGUAGGGUAUAAUCACUUUGAUUCCUUGUCUGGGGGUGGCUUCAGAUGUGCAGCUUAAAUUGGCUUUGUUUUAAAUCAUUUAGAGAAGGGAGGGAAAGGUACAAAACUCAGUGGUAGAUCUUGCUUGCAGAAGGUUAAAAUCUCUUGACAUCUCCAGGUGGGGCUAGGAUUGUCCCCAGGUGGAAACCCUGGAGAGCCACUGCCAGUUAGUGCAGAAAAUACUGAACUAAAUGGAACAAUGAUCUGACUCGGCUUAGCUUCCUAUGAUCUCAUUUCCUAAGGCACAUGUAAUGCUCACAUUGGCUGCCAUGGACAUUAUUUCUCUUUUGAAAUAUCUCUACUCUACAGUGUUGAGAAACAAAAUGUAAAGCUCAAUUGCACUUUUUAUUGUGAUGCGAAAUUUCCCUGACCCUUUCACGUCAUCCAUCAGAAAAUCUCCAGGAAUGAUUUCUGUCUUCAAUCCAGAAUAAACUGUUUUCAGCCUGAGAUACAGUGGAUUGAACACACACGCUGUUACUGAACUAUAAACCUUUCCCAGUCUGUAUUUUAGAUACAUUCAUAAGAAAGCUUUAUCUUCCUGGAAUGUCAGGGAAAGGUUGCCACAUGGAGACUUUGUACAACAUAAAUGAUUAUAUAAACAGCCCAUAAUCUUGAUGCUGAGAGAAUGUGGUCUGUUUUAAUUUAAAAGUUGUCAUGUUUGGGUUGUUAGUUUGCUGUUUCUGAUCUGCUCUCUAGGCUACACUUUCAAGUUAAAUAGUGUUGAACUUCAAAGAAUCAGGGAGUGGGUAACCAGCACUAACACAUCCAUGGGGUCUCUAAGGAAUUGAAAGUGAAAUAUUGAGAUGUAUUCAGACAUCUAUUUUUAAAAAAAUUGUCAUGUGAACUUCAGCAAGUGUUUGAAAUCUGUUUCAGAGGAAUUCAAGUGCACAAAGAAAACCACAUGAGCUAUGCAGACUUUGUAUGGCUUCUAAUUUCUGAAGAAGACAAAAGAAGUCCCACAAGGUGAGAUAAGUCAUCCAGAAAUUUGGAGUAGGUGGAGUGAAGGAACAUAUAUACAAAGUUUGCAGGUUGUUAAAUGUAUAUGUUAUGUAACUCCAGGGGCAAAUAGCAACUGCCAGGAAGGUAUUCUUGACAGGAAAAUAGGGGGAAAGGAUAAACUUCUGUACAGUGAUACCUCGGGUUACAGACGCUUCAGGUUACAGACUCUGCUAACCCAGAAAUAGUACUUCAGUUUAAGAACUUUGCUUCAGGCUGAGAAUAGAAAUCGGGUGGCAGCGGGAGGCCCCAUUAGCUAAAGUGGUACCUCAGGUUAAGAACAGUUUCAGGUUAAGAACGGACCUCCGGAACGAAUUAAGUCCUUAACCAGAGGUACCACUGUAUACAGCACAGCUGCAGCCAAAUGAGACUGCCUCAUGGUUUCUUUUUGUUCUUGUUACUUGUCCUAACAUUUCCUGUGCACUCUACACACAUAUACAGCACUUCCAUAGGCUUGGCCUCAUGUGUCACUUGCUAAUCAUGUGCUGGGGAUAGGGAGGAAUGAGAAGAUGAUGAUAUUGGCAGUCACAAGCAUGCUGUUUAAAAAACACAAUGGAAAUGAUUCAGUUAGUGAGUCCUGCUUGUGGAAGCCAACACAAGCGUCUUCCACGAGUGCGGUGGGGCUUUUUGCCCCUCCUUCUCCUCAUGCCCCCAUGCCCAAUUGACUCUGGUGGGGUUGGGGAAACACUCAGAACAGCACUUAGGGGAAGGAGGGGGAGAUUGUCCUGCCUGGCAAGUGAAAUGCUUGCACCGAUGUGAUGAUCUCCUUAGUGUUAUGUUGUAUAUAAAAUAUAAAUGUAAUAUUAAAAAAAAAUUGUAAUAUGCAGGUGUGUAAUAGAGACUGAGUGCCCUGGCUGUCACUGGAUAAAGAACUUGAACUAGGAGUAAGUUCCACUCCAUUGCAGCCCUUAGGACCCUGCAACACCAGGGAAGCUUUUUGGGAGACAUAGAGGGCUGUGGUGGGAAACUUCCCUUGUCCAAGCGCUACAUUGGAUAUACCACUUUGUGUUCAAAUCACAAAACUGUCCAAAAUAUAUUUCACAGUACACUCUAACUGUAGAGCUAAAACAAUAUGUGCAGAUGCUAGGGACAUUGACAUAAACUGAUUAGUGCUACCGAAGGAAUGAGCUGCAGUGUAGCUCUUUCCACAUGGCCCAAGAAGGCUUUACUUUUGUGGUAGAAAAAGGAGCCACUCCCCAGUGGCUACCAAGCCAUGAAGAUCAGAAACACAUUGUUCUGAUAGUUAGUCACACUGCUAUAGCAUCACCUCUGCUUUGAAUUUAUCUAGACGUCUUCUUUAUCCUGUAUUUUGCUGCUAAAUGUGAACAUCUCAGUUUGUAAUUUCUCUCAAGGAUGGAGAACUAUUGCAGUUUGAGUCACUGAGCAACUGAGGGUAUUAUAUAUCUUAGCUCAUGCUCUGAAUUUCUAGAUUGAAAUUUCCAAUGAAAGGCAUGAUAAGGAAGGAGUCUGGACAAAGCUUCACUGUGCAUAUGAAAGCUGUCUCAAUAAGGGUUCUUUGUUAGAACUAUUGCUUGCCCCAACUUUGCUACAAACAAAUCUUAUUCAUUCCCCUUUCCCUAGUAUUGAAUACUGGUUCCGCUGCAUGGACUUGGAUGGGGAUGGCAUGCUCUCCAUGUAUGAACUGGAGUAUUUUUACGAGGAGCAGUGUGAGAGGAUGGAAUCCAUGGGCAUUGAGCCACUGCCAUUCCAUGACUUACUGUGCCAAAUGCUUGAUCUAGUGAAGCCAGAGUGUGAGGGUAAGGCCCAUUUAUACAAUAAUAUUCAUCUACACUGCUGACCGUUUCUUGGGAGUAUGAUUAUCUUUGAUCUCUCAGAUAUAUUUGAUCUCCCAGACCCCUUUGAAGAGUUAUCUUACUCUGUCUGCAUCACUUCUUUGGCAGUCACCAGCAGGACACUUGAUCCAAGCAAGUGAUAAGAUUCCUUGUGUAUGGGAGACCCAGAGCCAAGUAGUGGUCUUUACCAACCUCCUAGGCUUUGCAUCCUCAUUCAAUUCCUUAGUUAACAUUCAAAGUAAUAGCAAAAAAAUGGUAGAGAUCGGUUCCCACCACCACCAAACAGGCUUUUAUUUUCACUCUCCGGGCAUUUAGAGGUGGCUCAGCAAGUAGGUGCAGAGCCAUGAACUGCUAAUGCCACUAAUACAAAAUGGUGUUAUAAGGUUCUCUAAAUGCAUGGUGAGACAUAAUAAUAAUAAUAAUAAUAAUUUAUUAUUUGUACCCCGCCCAUCUGGCUGGGUUUCCCCAGCCACUCUGGGCGGCUUCCAUAGAAACCAAAAAUACACUAAAAUAUCACAGAUUAAAAACUUCCCUGAACAGGGCUGCCUUAAGAUGUCUUCUGAAUGUCAGGUAGUUAUUUAUCGCUUUGACAUCUGAUGGGAGGGCGUUCCACAGGGUGGGCGCCACUACCGAGAAGGCCCUCUGCCUGGUUCCCUGUAGCUUUGCUUCUCGCAAUGAGGGAACCACCAGAAGGCCCUCGGCGCUGGACCUCAGCGUCCGGGCAGAACGAUGGGGGUGGAGACGCUCCUUCAGGUAUACUGGGCUGAAGCCAUUUAGGGCUUUAAAGGUCAACACCAGCACUUUGAAUUGUGCUCGGAAACGUACUGGGAGCCAAUGUAGGUCUUUCAAGACCGGUGUUAUGUGGUCUCGGCGGCCGCCCCAGUCACCAGUCUAGCUGCCGCAUUCUGGAUUAGUUGUAGUUUCCGAGUCACCUUCAAAGGUAGCCCCACGUAGAGCGCAUUGCAGUAGUCCAAGCGGGAGAUAACUAGAGCAUGCACCACUCUGGCGAGACAGUCCGUGGGCAGGUAGGGUCUCAGCCUGCGUACCAGGUGGAGUUGGUAGACAGCUGCCCUGGAUACAGAAUUGACCUGCGCCUCCAUGGACAGCUGUGAGUCCAAAAUGACUCCCAGGCUGCGCACCUGGUCCUUCAGGGGCACAGUUACCCUAUUCAGGACCAGGGAGUCCUCCACACCAGCCCGCCCCCGUCCCCCAAAAACAGUACUUCUGUCUUGUCAGGAUUCAACCUCAAUCCAUUAGCCACCAUCCAUCCUCCAACCGCCUCCAGGCACUCACACAGGACCUUCACUGCCUUCACUGGUUCUGAUUUGAAAGAGAGGUAGAGCUGGGUAUCAUCUGCAUAUUGAUGGACACCCAGUCCAAACCCCCUGAUGAUCUCUCCCAGCGGCUUCAUAUAGAUGUUAAAAAGCAUUGGGAGAGGACGGAACCCUGAGGCACCCCACAAGUGAGGGCCCAGGGGUCUGAACACUCAUCCCCCUCCACCACUUUCUGAACACGGCCCAGGAGGAAGGAGCGAAACCACUGUAUAACAGUGCCCCCAGCUCCCAGCCCCUCUAGACGGUCCAAAAGGAUGUUAUGGUCGAUUGUAUCAAAGGCCGCUGAGAGAUCCAGCAGAACUAGGAAACAACUCUCACCUUUGUCCCUAGCUCGCCGGAGAUCAUCAACCAGCGCGACCAAGGCAGUUUCAGUCCCAUGAUGAGGCCUGAAUCCCGACUGGAAGGGAUCCAAAUGGUCCGCAUCCUCCAGGCGUGCCUGGAAUUGUUCAGCAACCACGCGCUCAAUCACCUUGCCCAAGAAUGGAAGAUUUGAGACUGGGCGAUAGUUGGCCAUACUGGCCGGGUCUAAAGAUGGUUUUUUAAGAAGCGGUUUAAUGACCGCCUCUUUCAGCGGAUCUGGGAAUGUUCCCUCACAGAGGGAAGCAUUCACCACCCCACAGAGCCCAUCGCCCAGCCCUUCCCGGCUUGCUUUUAUUAGCCAGGAUGGGCAAGGAUCAAGGAGACAGGUGGUUGGUUUCACGCGUCCAAGCAGCCUGUCCACAUCCUCGGGGGUAACGGAUUGAAAUUGAUUCCAUGCAACUUGACCAGACAGAGCUCUACACUCUCCCGCCCCAGACCUGCUCCCACGGUGGUGUCUAGCUCCUUCCGAAUAUGAGUGAUUUUAUCUGCAAAAAACUUUGCAAAAUCGUUGCAGGAGAUCUUGGGGUCUUUACAAGGCCCCGGUGGUAAAGGUGGUUCCGUUAAAUUGCAAACCACCUGAAAGAGUCUCCUGCUACUAUUUUCUGCAGAUGCAAUAGAGGUGGUGAAGAAAGUCUUCUUCGCCGUCGCUAUCGCCACUUGGUAGGCUCGAUGUUGAGCUCUAACCUGUGUCCAGUCAGAUUCGGAGUGAGUUUUCUGCCACCGACGCUCUAGCCGUCUCAAUGAUUGUUUCAUCGCCCUCAGCUCUGAAGAAAACCACGGGGCUGUCCGGGCUCCAUGCAAUCGGAGAGGGCGCUUCGGAGCCAGACAGUCGAUAGCCCUGGUUAACUCCGCAUUCCAGCGGGCCACCAGGGAAUCAGCUGAAAGGCCAUCAACAUGGGAUAAAGCAUCCCCUACCACUCUCUGGAAACCAUUUGGAUCCAUUAAGUGGCGGGGGCGGACCAUCCGAAUUGGUCCCACCUCCCUGCAGAGGGGAAGGGUCGCGGAGAAGUCCAGUUGCACCAGGAAGUGAUCUGACCAUGGCACUUCUUUUGUUUCACUUUUACUUAGUGUCAGAUCACCCACGUCACUAGAGGUGAACACCAGGUCUCAGGCAUGUCCAUGACUAUGAGUUGGGCCAAACUUAUUCGGGGGCAGCCCCAUGGAGGCCAUGCUUUCCACGAAGUCCCGAGCAGCCCCUUGUAAGGUUGUGUCGGCAUGAUGUUAAAAUCCCCUAGGACAACCAAACUAGGUGUCUCCAGGAGAAAAUCCGCCACGACCUGAAGCAGCUCGGACAGGGAAUCCUUGGUGCAGCGGGGAGGUCGGUACACCAAAAGGAAUCCUGUACUGCCCCUAUUGCCCAACUUCCAGAACAUGCACUCAGAAAACUGGAUCUUCCCAGUAGGACGCCUGGUGCAAGCUAGUGACUUCCUAAAAAUCACUGCAACCCCCUCCCCGCCCACAUGACCUGGGUUGCUGUGCGUAAGAGAAACCUGGUGGGCAAGCAGCGGCAAGGACAGGCCCAUCUGCUUCCUCCAACCAGGUCUCUGUCACACAUGCCAGGUCAAAUCCUCCAUCCACAAUCAGAUCGUGGAUGGCAGUGGUUUUAUUCAUCAUUGACCUGUCAUUACACAGCAACACCUUCAGGUCAUGUGGGUUUCCCCUGUUGAUUCCAGUAUCCAUCCGGUCAAGGCCAGACCCGGAGGCAGGGAUAGUCUUCAAACAACGACUAAACCUGCCUCCUCGGUAAUGACAUGGUCUGGUCUUAGUGUAACUCCGCCUCCUGCCCACGAUCACCGAGAUCGGAUGUCCCAGUGCUCCCCCCCUGUGGAACUUGUCCCAGCCAUCGUGUCGGCUGGGGCCCCACUCCCAGGCAGCCCUGAUCCCACCCCUUAAAACAAAACACAAACUAUACAGAACCAAUAAAACAACGACAAAAAAAGGAACAGAACAAUUAUACUAAAAUUAAUCCCCAACCAAAUAUCCAUCCCACCCACCCACCCCCAACAAAGGAAAAAAGAAAUAAAAAUUGAAAUUGCCACUGACUGCUUGAGGACAUUUUAAAGCACAUUAACCACCUGGAACAGGGAAGCAAUGGCAGAACACUUCCCACACUUCCCCCAAAGUUUGUUCCAAAUAAGGGCCACGCCCCCUGCGCCAGUUGGAAAGGGCCCUGGAAGGGAGCAGGCCCUGCAGUCCUCCCCACAGCCGAUGGUCCGAGGCCUCACUGCAGCAGGAGUCCCUUUAUAGCUGGGAGAGAGGGCCUGGGCCAGUUGGAAAAGGCCCUGGAAGGGAGCAGGCCCUGCAGUCCUCCCCACAGCCGAUAUAAUGUAUCUGUGUGAUCUCUCACCCACAGACCUGAUAGUGAUGCCAAUCAAGGCAGUGCACACUUGAAAGGCCUUGUCCACAAAAGUAUUUGAGAAACUUAUUUCAAAAUAUGUUGGCUUUUUUUGGGUGAACACAUUUGAAUUUGCUCCCGGUGAUCAAGCACUAGGGGAAACUUUGUUCACAGCAACUAUCUUGUUGCAAACUGCUUUUGAGCAUAAAUUUGUAAAAAAAAGGGGGGGCUUAUAUAAACUCAUCAUCAUCUCACUUCCAUGGCAUACAGAACUUGGAUUUUUGCAUGCCACUGGCACAUACUGAUUCAAACUGAGUUAACAAAUUUGUCACCCUGUGUUGAAAAUAGAUCACCUAAAAGAAUGGGUGAAUCUGGCCUGAAAGGCCAUCUCCCAUUUCUUCAUAAAUCUUUAAAUACUAUUUUCCACAUGACCUGUAACCCAGAAGCCUUGACACCCCAGUCCUACUGAGAACUGCUAGACUGAUAAUAAAAUAAUGUGUUCUGGUUUUGCAGGAAGGGUAACUUUGCGAGACUUGAAAAGAUGCAGAAUGGCUCAUGUAUUUUACAACACAUUCUUUAACCUGGAAAAGUACUUGGACAAUGAACAGCGGGAUCCCUUUGCUGUGCAGAAGGUAUAAAGCAGUUCCGAAAUAGUGAUUGCUCUGAGAGUUCUACUCUGGAAAGGAACAAGAGACGGAUACUUUCAUCAAGAGAUGGAUACUUUCAUUCCCAAAAGAAUAUACUAUGAAAUAUGGUGGCAGUGGUCAAAACGAUGUAUUUAGAACAGAAAUUUUCCUAAAUGUAUGCUUAGUAACCCCAGAAAAUAUAAGAGGAAGAAGAGCUGGUUAAAUUUGCUUAGUAUCUGGAAAGGUUGUGUAAUAUCCCAUUAUAUUAUUCUUUGAUCAGGUACUAGGACAAGUAAUGACAAGACAUUUCUGCAUCUUCAGCAGAAAUUAAAUGAUUAAAGCCCUGCUUGCUUGGUGUCAUGAGGCCUUUGUACAUUGGCCUAUUGCACAUUAUUCUUCCUUAACACUUAAAAUGAUUCUGAUAAAUGAGCAGCAUACAUAAAUGGUAAAAUCUAUAUGUAACAGUAACAGUUUCUUCAGUACGUAUUUCAAAGGAACAGAAACCUAGACUGUUUUCACUUAUCUUGAAUGUGAUCUUUGGCAAGUUUAUCCAAUUCAGUGACAAUUAUUAGAUGGGGUAUAUAGUGUCUACAAAUUUAGAACAUCAAGUAGGAUACAAGAAUCUCUUUUCCGGGCUUAUAUGGCUAGCGUUAUUAGAACUCUUUGAACUGGAAGGGACAACAAGAGGUAGCUAAGUUAUCCUUUCCCCUCAUAUAGCAACCCCUGUAUCCUUAUUCACCUAAUUAAAAAACAACUAUUGGUGAAGAAUUUGUAACUACCUUUCAUUACAAGUUUAAACAGUUUCACAGAAGAGAACUAUAUCGCUUUUAUUUCCCUUCUGAAGUCAAUGGUCUACUGUAGACAAGAAAUGCCUCAGUCCAGUGUUCUGGGGCAUUAAGUUAAAAGUGUAUAAAGAAAUGUACGCAGAGGUAUAGCGUAUGAAAAAUAAUUUGUUUGCCAUUUCUAUUUCUAGUUUUCAGUAGUUGUACUCUUCAGAGUUUGAAUUUCCCAUGCAAUUUACCAGGAAAGUGAAUGGUCAUUGCCCUGAGACUGUGUGUUUGUGUGUAUUUGUUCAAAGGCAUCCUAGUUAUUGCAAAUAUGGAUAUUGUGAAAGUGACUUGGUUUGUUCAGUUUUCAUGUUUCUUUCUCACAUAUUUAUUUAGGAUGUUGAAAAUGAUGGUCCUGAACCCUCUGACUGGGACAGAUAUGCUGCUGAGGAGUACGAAAUUCUUGUUGCUGAAGAGUCUGGCAAUGAACAGUUACAAGAAGGGUGAGUGUCAAUAUCUGCAAAAUGUGGUUAUAAUUGCUACUCCCAGAAGCCUCAAAACUCGUACGUUUGAAGAUGAACAGUUGUUUUGAAGCAAAAUGAAAAAGAUAAACUAUUUAAAACAGAGAAACAUGUUUAUGAACAAUAAAAUGAGUUACUAAAUAACUAAUCUUGGAAUGUCACUGCAAGCCUGUUUGACUAUGACAAUAAACACAUAUGACAUAGUCUUUUAGGGUGUCAUUCCUUAGUUGAUAGUUAUACUGUUUGCUACUGUAUCUACAAAAUGUCAAAGCAAUUAGCUGAACUGUUCCUAAACUAUGCUGGCAGAAAUGUUACAAUCUUUUUUUUCAACCAAAGGAUUUGUGUAUUAUUGAUGAAUUCAUAUUGCUAACUCUUUGUAGAUGAAAGCUUCCCUGGCAUAUUAAAAGCAUGCCCAGAGGCAACUCAGCCUUGGCAGAGAAAGGAUAAGAGCUUUGUGUUCCUUAUGUUUUAGUUUAUAGUACACUACCAGGCACUGACACAGAAAAUUGCUAUGACUUAAAAUGUGUCUUUCAGGAGUUGGCUUUGGUAAGCAAGAUUGAGUGAAGAUAAGCAAUGUUUUAUGCUAGUAUGGUUAUUCUGGAAGCACCUUCACAUCAGCGAAAGCACUUUUCUUCUCCAGGGCCAAACUCUGAAAAAAGCCUGUUCUGUAUAUCCUGUUCUGUCCAGCAUACCUCUGGAAAAAACUGCAUUUCAGGGACCCCUAUUUCUCCCUCUCCCCGGCAACUGUCUCCCACAAUGAGCAGCACAGAUGCACUUGCCUAUACCUGGAGAUUAUCUCCAGCAAAAGAGGGUCUUCCUGUUUGCGAACAUUUUUUUGAAACCAAACGUCUGACGCGGCUUACUGAUUGCGUGUAGGAAGCUCCUGCAGCCAAUCGGAAGCCGCGCCUUGGUUUUUGAACCAUUCCAGGAGUCAAACGGACUCGCGGAAUGGAUUAAGUUUGACAACCAAGGUACCCCUGUAUGAGGGCAGAGAAAUCGGCUUCUUUUGCAUGUUGUUUUGAGCCUUCUACAAAAUGUAUUAAGGUGAUAAAGUGAAAAAUUCGUAAGCAGUGGUACCAAAUGCUUUAGCAUGUUAUACGUUAAAGAUUUAAAUGGAAUCAUCAUGGCCAUUUGGAUACACUACUUACAUUUCUGCUCUCUACGCCUUUAUAAAUACCUCAGAUUUAUAGCUGUUUUACUUACUGAAAAAUUAUCCAAGUAAAAGACCUCAGUUAUAACCAAACAUGUAAACCAUCUGCAUUCUUAAUAUCUUUCUUCCUUUUUGUAGAUCUUUUGAUGACGACUAUGAAACAGAUGAACUCUUAUCACUACCUGAAAUUGAAGAAAAGUCAGACCACUUAGUUAUCUCAGAUCUAUCAACCUAA